AACAGCGGACAUGCUCACACCACUAUUGCAGAAGGUGUGGAAGGAAGAGAAGGUACCUGACGAUUGGAAGAAGGGUUACCUUGUCAAACUGCCGAAGAAGGGAGACCUCAGUGCUUGCAAGAACUGGCGCGGAAUCACUCUCCUGUCCACCCCAAGUAAAAUAUUAAGCCGCAUCAUCCUGGAGAGGCUUAAAGACGUACUGGAUUCAAAACUGCGACCGGAACAGGCAGGCUUCAGGAAGUACAAAUCAUGUGCAGACCAAAUUGCAACGCUUCGCAUCAUCAUAGAACAGAGCAUAGAAUGGCAAUCAGCUCUCUACCUCAACUUCAUCGACUUUGAGAAGGCCUUUGACAGCGUCGACCGAGAAGUAAUUUGGAAACUGCUUCAAUACUACGGAGUACCGCAAACCUUUAUCCGCCUCAUUCAACAACUAUAUGAAGAUGCCACAUGCCAAGUAAUUCACAAUGGGAAGCUCAGUGAUGCUUUUGAAGUGAAGUGAAGACAGGAGUGAAACAAGGUUGCCUACUAUCCCCCAUGAUAUUCCUUAUUGUGGUGGACUGGAUCAUGCAGCAAACAGUAGGCAGCGAGAAGAGGGGGAUACACUGGACGACGGAAAAGAACCUAGAAGACUUGGAUUUCGCCGAUGACUUAUGCCUAAUGUCACAUAAACUUGAAGAUCUGCAGGCAAAAACUAACAAGUUGAUAGAAGAGGCAGCUAAGACGGGACUUCAGGUGAAUAUAGAGAAGACAGAAGUGAUGAAGAUACCGCACCACCAUCAACAACAACAACAACAAACUCCAAUCACCGUCAACGGUAGAAACUUGAAGGAAGUAACCUCCUUCACUUAUCUAGGAAGCACUGUUUCAACUACAGGCGGGACGGACGAGGACGUCAAAGUCAGAAUCGGAAAAGCAAGACAGGCGUUCAUUAGCCUGAAACCAGUGUGGAGAUCUUCUGCACUCAGCAUGCGGAACAAGAUACGGAUUUUCAACACCAACGUCAAGUCAGUGCUCUUGUAUGGCUCAGAGACUUGGCGCGUCACGAAAGGCAUUUCCAAUAAACUACAGACAUUCAUCAACAACUGCUUACGCUCGCUGCUGAAGAUCAGAUGGCCAGAAAAAAUAAGCAACAAGGAACUCUGGGAACGAACCAACCAAGAACCUAUCACGCAACAAAUAUGCAGGAAGAAGUGGAGAUGGAUUGGCCAUGCACUGAGAAGGCCGACUGAGGACAUCACGCGUCAGGCCAGUUGCUCGAGUGGAAUCCCCAUGGGAAGCGACGAGUUGGACGUCCUGAGGGUGACAUGGAGGAGGUCGUGCGAGGAGGAAAUGAGAGCUUCUGGGCUGUCGUGGGACCAGGUUCAAAAGAUCUCAGAGAACAGAGUUCACUGGAGGCGUGCUACUGAAGCCCUAUGUUCCACUAGGAACCCAAGGGACUAAUAAUAAUAA